GCAGCACGCAUGUUAAACCAGCUUGUGCCGCUUUUCUGGCUACAGCAGCCAUAACCGGAGAGGAAUUCGGCAAUACUGUGGAAUACAGUGUGAGGUAUGCAUAUUGUGCGCGAAGAUUCAUCUGCAGAGAGGAAUGGUGCAAUUGCAAAGAAGGGAUUCGGGAUUCAGCACGCUGGAGAGCUCCAACCUAAGGAUGAGAUGACAGCAGUAAUAAAAAUUACAGUGUGCAAACUGUGAGAAGUGAUUAAGGGGAUGAAACACGCAGGAAGGCAUAAUGGAUGCAUUUCGACAAGUUAAGCAUACGAUCGUGGAAACUUUGCGCUGAGAGAUGGACUUAGCAGAUAUCCUUUUGGCACUGUUUAUUAUUUUGGUGGCUAUUGUGUCUCUGUUGUCUAACUUUUUAGUGCUGAUAUGCUUUAUGAACAGUGCCGAGAUCCGAAGACAAGUUCCUGGCGUCUUCAUCUUGAACCUGUCAUUCUGCAAUAUAAUCAUGACCGUUUUAAACAUGCCAUCGACGUUUCUGGGUGUCAUUACGAGCCAGAAGCCGUUCGGGGACCCGAUGUGCCACGCUGUGAGCUUCCUUGAGACUUUCCUGACGGCAAAUACGAUGCUAACCAUGGCAUCUCUAAGCAUCGACAGGUGGAUCGCUGUUGUUUUCCCCCUGAGUUACACCCGCAAAAUGCAAUACAAGGACGCAGCCGUCCUGGUGUGUUACUGCUGGCUCCAUUCACUCACAUUUUCCCUGGUCGCGGUGAUCUUCUCUUGGGUUGACUACAGCCAUGCAUACGCAUCGUGUACCUUGAGAUUAAAAGAAGAGAGCGCCAGGAUAAAGUAUACCGUGUUCACCAUCGCUUUCCACGCUACAAGCUUCGCUCUUUCCUUGCUCAUAUUAUGCUUUACGUACAUAAAAGUCUUAAAAGUUGCUCGGUUUCACUGCAAGAGGAUAGACAUUAUAACCGUGCAAACCUUGCUCUUGCUGGUAGAUAUUCAACCAAGUGUCAAACAGCGCUGCCUCGCCGAGCAAAAAAGAAGAAAACAGCGAGCGACUAGGAAAAUUGCCGUAUUCAUUGGAUCGUUUAUCCUCUGCUUCGCUCCUUAUGUUACCACGCGGCUGGUGGAGCUCCUGCCUCACGUGCAGGUCAGCCGACGUUGGGGCAUCCUCAGCAGGUGUCUGGCGUACAGCAAGGCCGCAACCGACCCCUUCGUCUACUCCCUCUUGCGUCAGCAGUACAAGGAGGUGCUGGUGCACGCUGUCAACCGGCUGCUGCGAAGGGAUUUCCUCCCCUCGUCGGGCCGCAGUGGCUCACUGGACACAGAAAACGACUGCUGCCUCCAGAGGAUAAGCUGAGGAGCAGAGUGAGAGGAGGUCCAAGCGACGAAGGCCGGGAAGGGGGCACGGUGUUAGAGGACGGCGUCGGCGGCCCGCGGUAACAUUCCAGAUUUCUGUGUGUCUAUGUAGCCGUGCUCCACUGUGUAGAUAACCUGCAAUGGAACCAGCGUCCUCUGGUCCACGUUGUUUCAAAUACGUAUCGGACGUCUUCAAAAGCGUGUGCUGCAAUGCGAAGGCCGUCCCAAAACAACUGCCAAUUACAGCAGUGCACUCUGAAGUCAACGAGUGUCCCAUUCCUCUAAAGAAGGCGGCUUGUUCACUUCCUCAUUGCCAUUACAUUGCUGCUCAUUCUUCCUUUAUGUACCCGUAAAACUUUUUUUUUUUUCUGAGUGUUUUUCAGACAGUAGUGUGGAUAACAAAUUUUGAAGUGUGUUUUGUAUGUUUUUGAUGCAUUUUUCAUGUGGAGUUUCCAAACAACAACUGCAGAUAACAGCUGGCGCUUCUGACGGUCUCUUGCGAGAUGGUUUCUGUGGACUUGCACUCCGUUACAGUGGAGAUUAGGUCUCGGUUCAGCUAAUGGAGCUACGAAGCACUUUUAUGUAACUUUGAAAACCUGCACUCCGGAUGCCUCUAUUUCAUUUCACAUGCUACAAUGACUCUGAUUUUUUUUUCAAACAUUCUUUCACGGAGGAGUAAAGUAUUACUCCAUUGUCAUUUGUGCCUCUAAAAACUUUGAAUGAAAGGAGUUUAAACGAUGUAUAAAUGAUCGGCAAAUAAUUCCUACUCCUGGAAAACAAACAACAAAGUAUUUAAUUUAUAUAUUCAUACCAAUAUUUACGAUAUUUUUUAUUUAAGUGAAUUGCGCGGAGACCGUACGUGGUUAAUUAUCCUCAUGCCCUAAGCCCCGUCUGAUAAGUUGUCUUGAAUCUGAAUGUGUUUAUAAGGAUUAUUCCUUCAAAAAGGACACGCAGCACAAAAGCAAAGGUUACCUUGGCGAUGUACCGCUUUCAGCUUUUCAGACAGGCCUGGUGCCAAAACCGAAUGAUGCAAAUUUAUUCUCCCGUUUGUAAGUAUCUUGGGAAUUUGCAAGAAGCGAAACAAAGAGAGGUUUGCAGCAGUGGGACUGCACCGGUCACAUUCAGAGGGAUCGAGAUGAGGGCACAGAUACACAGUAAUUAGGCCUGUUAAACGGACAGUGCUCACGGUGCUAAUCGAUUCCUCGGCACAAUGAACGGACUGUCUCGGCUACCAGGAGCAUCAAACGCACAGCUGUGGAGAUUUCACUUCUCGAGGGGAACCAUUCGCCGGGCCUUAUUAGACCAACUACUAAUUAACUGUGAGUGCUAUUUAUAGCUACGCUUGCCCAGUAGUCAGUGAAGUACAACAAAGUAUCAAUCCUGGAGCAAGAAGGUCAGAAAAGCAAUCAAAACUACA